AACAGUCAAGCAUUAAAAAAAAAAAGAAAAGAUUGUCUUCGUUGUGUUGGAGCAGCCAGACUGUACACUGCUGAGAGCAGCUCACGCUCACAGCUGAUCAUGGACACUGUAAAGUCCAUCCUGUCCACUGCCUCAUCAAUCUACAAGCUGGCUGAGAAGGUGAAGGCCAACAGGAAGCGCUGCAAGCGGAUUUCUGAUCGAGUCAAAGCCUUGGAGGAUAUAGUGAAGUCUAUCACAAAUUGUUCUCCAGAGUUAGAGACAGCUCUCAGGGAGCUGUCUCUAACUCUGGAUUCAGCACAGAAGCUUAUUGAAAAAUACACUGCAGCCAACUUGGUGGAGCGCAUCCUGAAGUCCGGGAACCACGGAGAUGAGUUUGACACUGUGAGCGAGCGGCUCAACGACGGCUACCAGGUCCUGUGUUUAGCUCUGCAUUUGGAGCAGAGGAAGAGGCUGUGCGAGGUGUUUAAACAGAGAGAGAAAGAAGAUGAGGUGGAUGGGAAGGAGGACAACAUGGAGAUGACCAAAUUGCUAAUGGACUACAUGCAAGAGCAGCAGGAGAAAACCAAUUCCAUACUGAGACAGCUGGAAAAAGUUGUGCAGAUGUUGAAUAAGCCCAGUUUCACUAACGUGGCGAUCCAACAGAUUCAACCCGAUAAACUCAAAUAUGAACAUCCCAAAAAGCCCUUCAAGACAACAGCGAGCUCAGAGAUCUAUAAAGGAGAAUACCGGGGAUUCCCAGUGGCCAUCAAGAGAUACCUCAACCCUGCAAACACCAACGCGGGAGAGGUGAAGUCUAUUUUCAAUAAGGAAGUCGACACCAUGAAGCAGUUCGAGUCGCCCAACAUCCUGAGAAUGUUCGGGAUCUGCAUCCAGGAUGAUGAAGGACCCAGCCCUCAGUUCUUCAUCAUCAUGGAGUACUGCGAGAAAGGAAGUCUUCGCCAGGUUCUGGACUCUGACUACACACUGUCCUGGAUCAGGAGAGCUCGUAUGUGUUUGGAUGCAGCGCAGGGACUCUAUCGACUGCACAAUACAGAGGACAAGUGCAAGGUUCAUGGGUGCAUCAAGAGCAGCAAGUUCCUGGUGACUAAAGACUACACCGUCAAGCUAGGAGGUUUCAGGCUGGCCAAAACAGUGACGUCACUGAAAAGGCAGACGAAGGACACGACGAACAGGUCGCUGUGGUACUACUGUCCCGAGAAGCUCAACGAUGCCAACUUCAGCUACUGCAAGGAGUGGGAGAUGUACAGCUUUGGAAUCGUCCUUUGGGAAAUUGCAACCAGUCAGAAACCUUUUGAAGGUUUCUCAACUAAAGACAUUUAUAAUAAAGUGUGUGAGGAGAAGUAUCAAGAGCCGCUUCCUGUUGACUGUCCUGCAGAACUGGGAGAGCUGAUCAACGCGUGCCGAGCCUACGACAGCUUCCAGAGACCCUCAGCAGGAGUGCUGGUGGACAAACUGCGCAGCAUGGUGACACAACUGGAAGAACAAGAAGCUUAUUAGGAUCAUCCUGAAGAGAAACACAACUUUGAACAACAAAUGAAUCAACACCAACGUCAGAAAUCAGAGGAAGUGAGCUAAAUCAGCACUUCCUGUAUGUAACAGUGCUGCUUCUAAGGCCGGUUCUUUCAUGAUUUAGGCUGGAUAUUGUCAAACAGCCAUCUGCAUUUUAAUAAACUCUUUCAAACACAAAUAUGAAUAU